GAGGUUGGCUUGUUUUCAAUGGUGUCGAAGCCUACGAUCGAAUUGUGCGUACCGUUCUGUCCUCCUUAGUCGGCAGCGGUCCCAGUGCCCCCUCCCCCUUCUCCUGUUCGGUCGAGGAAGAGUCGUGCGCCGCGGCUCAGCCAGGUGUACCCAGUGCCUAAGAGCCAGCCGGUCGACGUCGUUAUACCCUGCAGCGCGGUGCUCGCGAGGUCCGUAUUAUCAUUGCAAAUCGUCGUUUAAUUUCUUACGAGGUGGUAACGCGCGCGACUCGAUCUCGAUAAAUUAAUCUUAAACGUUGGACGAAUUUCUGUGAUUUCGUUCGAUUUUUUGGUGCAUUCACCACCGCGCGUUUUCCUAUUGUGACCCCCGGGAACAACCAAUCAUUCUCGUCGAUGUUUCUUGCAUCGAUUUCAUCCUCGUGAAAAACGUCCUUGUGGUAUUCCAGAGGAAAGAAGCGAAAUACAAGAAACGCCGUUUGGCCUUUUGCCGACUGCUUCGAAUUCGAUAUCGAGACGCGGAAGCGUUAUCGAUAAUCUCGACAGUUAAAGAUUGCGAAACAGGUGGAGCGUCACGAUGACAAGACUCAUCACGGCGUUGUUGGUGCUGCAGGCUAUCGCGAGGUUGGGUCGCGUGGCUGCCGCGGAGUCGACGCACGCGGCUGACCAGCAGCCAGUUCCUUCUGCGGUCCCAUCGGGACUUUCUGGGCCAGAUUACACCGGUCCAUCUGCCGGUUCCGACGAGUGUGACCCAGAAAUGGUGGGCUUCGAGCUGGUGACCGGGUACGUGUUCACCGCACCCACGAACAUGCUCGAGUCCAUACCGGGAACUCUGAUGCUCACCGAUUGCUUGGAGACCUGUCAAGCGAACGAUUCCUGCCAGGCGGUCAACUACGAGACGGGUCUGUGCGUUCUGUUCAGCUCGAACGCCGACAGCAAUCCAGGCGCUCUUUCACAAUCCCAGUUUCCAGUAUUCACGAUUUACGCUCAGAAGAGCUGCUUGGCUGUGAAACCAUGCGAACGUGCCUGGUGUAUCGACAGGGUCCAGGGGCAUCGUCUUCAGGGGCACACACGCAGAACUAUGAAUGCCUCUUCGCGACAGCACUGUUUGGAGCUCUGUUUAGGCGAGAGAGACUUCCUGUGCCGAUCUGCCAACUAUGCAAACGCAACGAAACAGUGUGAACUUUCAGACAUGGACCGGCUAACCGUUGCAGGAUCAAGCGCUUUCCAAUCUGCUAAAGAUUUUGAUUAUCUAGAAAACCACUGUGUGGACGAACCGGUGAAACUUUGUGAAUUCAAGAAGCUGUCUGGUCGUAUCUUGAAAACUGUGGAUUCCGUAUAUCAAGAUGUUGGCAGUGCAGAAGAAUGCCGAGAACUUUGCUUGAACUCGCCAUUCCGUUGCCAUUCUUACGACUAUGGUGACACUGGUGAUAUGGUGUGCCGUCUUAGCCAUCACUCCAGAGCUACUCUUUCGGAUAUUCAGGAACCUUAUCUCGACGUACCUGAGGGCUCCACCUACGAAUUAAGCUCCUGUUACAACGUAACGAUCGAUUGCCGCGCCGGCGACAUGGUGACAAGAAUCCAAACGAGCAAAUUGUUCUACGGCAAGGUGUACGUGAAAGGUUCGCCAAAUUCGUGCGUACAAGACGUAAAAGGCGCCUUGGAAUUCGAGUUACGAAUGGCUUACGACGAUUUGGAGUGCAACAUCAGACAACAGGGUUUGGGCCGAUACUUAAACGACGUGGUGAUCCAACACCACGACACCAUUGUUACCAGCUCCGAUCUCGGUUUGGCUGUCACCUGUCAAUACGACCUGACCAAUAAAACAGUGUCGAACGAAGUCGAUCUCGGUGUACACGGUGAUAUAACGCCCGCGUUGUCGGAGGAAGUGAUCGUCGACUCGCCGAACGUCGCCAUGAAGAUCACCGAUCGUAGUGGAAACGAAGCCAUCCCAUCAGCCGAAGUCGGUGAUCCGUUGGCACUGAAGUUCGAGAUCCUCGACCCUAACAGCCCGUACGAGAUCUUUGUACGCGAGCUAGUGGCUAUGGACGGCGUGGACUCCAGCGAGAUAGUCUUAAUUGACUCGGAUGGCUGCCCUACCGAUCACGUCAUCAUGGGUCCGCUCUACAAGUCCGCUACCACCGGCAAGAUCCUCCUCUCGCACUUCGACGCCUUCAAAUUCCCUAGCUCUGAGGUGGUACAAUUCCGUGCAUUGGUGACACCUUGCAUGCCUACUUGCGAACCGGUGCAAUGCGAUCAAGAGGAAGCCACCGGCGAGCUUCGUUCCGUCAUAUCCUUCGGCAAACGUCGUCGUCGUCGUUCCACUGGCUCUUCCUCUCAAAGCCGCGACGAUCUUCUUUUGGUACAAUCCAUUCAGAUCACGGACAAAUUCGGAUUCGAGCACGACAGCAAGACAUCGAACGCCAGUUCGGCGACUAGAGACACCGUAUUCGUGGAGAGCGAGGACAUAUCGUCAACGAUGGGAAUGUGCAUUAACUUGGGCGAGGCUAUCGUCGCUGGUACCGUCUUCCUCGUUGCCCAGAUCGCGAUCAUCGCCGCGUGGACCUUCACCUGGCAAAGACGUCGUCAGAUGCUCAAGCAUCAAGAAGCUCUUUCGGUCUCGGUUUCCGUUCCUGGAAUGCAUUCCGUUCCAGGACGCACCGACAGCCUCUGUAAGUUGUACGACACCGGAUAUUCAGCGCGCCGUUUUUGAAUAGCCUUCGUUUCCUGCACCCGUCCUUCAAUCUCGUCUUCCUCCACUGCCGACGUCGUGAACCUCCAGAUGACUUCUCAGAGAUCUUUACGAGCAAACAAAACGCACGUAAUCCCUUCGUUUUUUAAGCUGCAAAAUUAGGCUCGAAUUCUUCAGAGUAAGAAUUUUGCAAAAUACUUCGGUUUCAGAUUUGCGAAGUAUUUAAAAACUAGUAUUGUCUGCGUAUUUCUUAGAAACGCCUGUAAUUCAGACCCAAAUAGAAAUUUUGUAAUGCCGAGAAUCUCUGAAAGUACUGGAGGAAUCUAAUUGAUAAUGUUAAUUCCUGGCGCAGCAGUUCGUUGCCUUGUAAUCGGGAUUUGUGCAAAUUUAGAGUAUUCGGUGAGGUUUUAAAUCGAUACACUGGGCAGAUAGAAGAAUUUUCUUUCGAAUCGUAGGAUGUUUGGAUAAAAACUGCCCGUAUGGUCGACGACACUUCGUGCUCUCUACUUUAUAAGAAUUAUCGCGUGUAUACCUUUCUUCUCUUUUCUCGGGGAUAAACGAUCGACCCUGAAAACAAAGCUGCUUCUUACCUCAUUUUACUAACAUCGAUGGUAAUAAUUCAUCAGAAAUUCGAAAAAAUAUGAUUCAAUCAUGACUACAAUUUCAAUUAACGAGUAUUCAAAGGAACAGAAAUAAACGUAGCCUUCUAUGAUCGCUGAUUUCUUCUUUAGUUGUAUGAGGAUGCAUCGUUUAUAACACCUUUUUCUAUUAUUUCCCUGUUGCGUGACAGACAACGUCAAUUAAUACGACACGUGGAAUUAAACACCGUGAAAUGCAUACACGCAAUAAACUCUCGAACACCGAUCAUCGCAAAUUAGAAAAUGUUACUGACAACCCGUGUAGCUUUCCACUUAACUAAUUUCACUAGAGAAAAUCGUCGUGAUAAAGCUCCGACUAUAAUUAAAUAUCGAAUUAAAACAGAAGCUCGCAACAGUUGAACGAGGAAUCUGGAGGGAACUAAUUACACAGUAGCAGUUGGAAGCAAUUAUGCGAUCAAAGGAGGCCGGCUCGAUCGAUUAUCUUGCAGCUUCGUCAUCCUUCGUUCAUAAUCGCGCAUAAUCUUCCUGCUUCCUUUGCGACAUUUACUUCCUUCAUUUUUUCUAUCCCCGUUCUUUUUUCUUGUCGUGCGUGAAACGACAGGGACAGGAUAAAGCGAAAUAAGCCGAAGCGGGAUGAGGCGUGGUUCCGAAGGUGAUGGAGGUCGACGUGUACUUGCUACGUUGGAUAGGGCACCGGUGCGGACUCUAAUUAGCAUUGGGAAUCGAGCAUGAUUAUGCAGAUGCUCCAAGUGGGAUAUCAACAGGAGUAAGGGUGGGAUAGAGAAGGUCAGAAGGUAGUGGUUAGAACGGAACGACUGGAAACAGUAAGAGACAGCAGUAGGAACUGAAAGGGAGGGGGGUGCAAUGCGCGUCAAGGGGUUGGCGGAAGGUUAAUUGCCUCUUGUGGCGUCUCGGCGUUAAGCUAAGCUUCGUAGGGUUAGACGAGAAUUCGGGAGCAAGAAGGGUCGAGAAACGAGACAGCGAACGGCGUUGGGAUCGCAUCAAGGAUAGCUACGUACAGCAUACUGGGAUCGUAUAACCGCCAUCCCUUUCCGACUUAACCUUAGAGCCAGGUUUCGGCCAUCCGUGGUCAGGUCAAGUUAAUUUACAUCGCGACACGUGAGCUUAUCGACGUGCUCCGAUGGUUACGAGUCAUGUCUAAUCAACGGGAUAAGUCUUUGAUGUAGCGCCUAGAAGUAUAGAGAGCAGUUCCUCGUUGUUUCUUUCCGGAGUUUAUCGCAUGGUGUACGCGCGUAAACAAAGUUAUUAAUAUCGCGAUGAAAGAUUCUCGGGGUGAAUAAACUUGUAUAUCGUGUUUUAAGAUAGUUGUAGCUUAUUGUUGGGAAACAAGUGGCGUGCACUAGGUUAAUCGAUUCAACAAAAUAGCUUAAAGUUUCUGUUAAAAUAUUUAGUUGGGAUAUUGCUAGAGAUAUUUUCCGCGGUGAAUUUCGAGAUUACGAAAAUUCAGUAACUGCUAUUACAGUUGUGGGCGAACGUUUACGUUAGAGAAGUUACUUCGACAUUUUCCUAGCUCCCGCGCGAAUCCGAGUUCAAAUAUAUCUGGGAAAGUUAUAACGCGGAGUCGAUCUUAACUUCGAAACAUAGAUCCAACGUGGAAACGUCGUCGGCACAAUGCACAGGUCAGAGAGACAGCACGUUCGAAUCGGUUACGUUUCGCUGUUUGGAUUGCUGUUUAACAUAACAAGCCUUAGCGGGCGAACUUACCAAAACUAUGGAUGACGUCGAAGUUUCGUUACGCGGGCAAAAUUUUACAAUGAACCAAAACCGAAACCUACGAUCGGGUACGAGGGUUAGAACGGAUCUAUGACAGGGAAUCCGGUUGUAUAUAGGGUGGCGGAGGAUGGUGAGGGCGCCCGCGAUACGUUGGGUAAAUUUAAAUCGGUUAGCCGCCGUUGCCGUCGGGACUUUAUCGAUUUUGACGAGGCACAAAGGCUUCGGGAUGGGAUCGGGUUAAUUGAGAAACUUGAAAAUUUGAAUAUGCUCGUCAAGACAAAUGGAGAGGAUGGAAAGCCGAGCAAAAGAGAAAGAUAAAGACGGGCAAAGUGUGAAUCCUCGAUUAGCAUGGGACGUUUGCGUUUUAGUUAACCGAACUUGGGAUCGUUUCUCUGUUCGACGUCUGUCUAUCGUCAGCAAACACGCUGCAAACCAUCUAGAGUUUCUCUCUAUCCCUUUUUGAUCGGUUUUAAUGGUGAUAUCCCAUCUUUUGUUUCUCGUUUCGUCCCUAAGUAACAAAAUUGGUAUAAUUCGUAAGUUAAAUAUCUUAUUACACGAUAUGAUAGAUGGGUGAUUCUCAAUUGUACGGUCGUGAUUUUACGGGUAUAAUUUUCAACGAAUAACGGUGGAAACCGUAUAACGGCGUCGUUUGUUUUUCGCGGUAAUCCGAGGUGUGACGCGACGCUGCUGGCGCAAAACGAUAGUGAAACGUGAAAAAAAGAGUCAUCAGUCGGAGAUAUCGAACUCGCGUUGAAAGGACGCGCGCUUUAAUUAUUGGUACUAAUUGCCGUGGAGAUUGCUAGGUUUUCGCUCAGUUGACACAAUGGAAACGCGAAGCUAAAUGGAAUUUCUCUUUUGAAUCGAAUGGCAUUGAUUGAAAACAUAGGAUAUGGGUGUGACGUAGUACUCUAGCCAUUAGAGCACGUUAACUGGACCUAUUGUGCGAACGUGCAUCUGCAGGGAAUGCACGCGAAAUGACGCCGCUCCUCCCGCUUCGAUGCUGACUAUUCUAUACAUAUAAAUAUCAAUACACACAUGUAUACAUACAAUGAUAAGAUGCCAACGACGGUGCCUACACGCGUAUCAAUAAGCGGCGCGACUUUAACGACUUUAUUUUAUACUUACGAAAUAUGCUAAGGAUUUUUCGCUAACGCUGACGUAGUAUAAUCCAAUUUGCUUGUGGUGAGAGGGUAGAGCCAAUUUUUAUACAACCGUUCGAACAACCUAACUGUACGAACGAUAAAAUUGCGAGCCGCGAACGCGUAUGCGCGCACGCGUGUGCGUGACUCGCCGCUCGCGAUCUUUUAGAGGUAUCAUCCUAGCGCAUAUACGAAAGCAUACGAGAUGGUGCAUGAAGAAUGUCGUUCUUCCUCGCUUGACAAGCUUAGAAAAAAAAAAAAAAAGAUGAAAAGGAAAGAACAUUUCGAACGUUUCAUUCUAGCAUUUCUCGUAAACGUUGCUGUAGAGUCAUCGUUCCCCGAGAAUAUUACAGCGAUGCGAGGGAGUCUGAGAUUUUCUCGCGCCAUCUUGUAGAAGAAACAGCAUUUUCAAGUAGUUUUAUAGAAUGACGCUCGAGCACUUUUCAUCGACUUGUUCGAACACACUUGAUUAUCUGCUAAUAAGCGAUGGAUAAAACGUUCGAUUUAAGUCAAUGGAAACUGCAUCGUUUCUACGUCGAUAAGGUCUCUUAUAAAGUAAUCGCCCCACUAUUAACGUGUAUACGAUGGAAGUAAAAUCGUGCAAACAUGUAUCGUCAUUUCAUUAUGUAAUUAAGAUUAAGUUAACGCGGCCUGCGGGCGAACAAGUCGCAGGAGCUGCGGUGGAACGAUAAUAUUAGGCUCGAGGACGAUCGCUCUCUCGAUGAUAACGCCGAGAAAAUCACUUUUGCGUUAAACUCCGACGUUGGGGUACUCGGCGCUUUCGCGCGUAAGAAGUUUGUCUUUCCCUCCCUUGUUUCCUUUUUUUUCUUUACUUCCACGCUUCCUUCUUCUCGUCCUUCUUAAUGAGCCUUAUAUUUGUAGCCUUGCCUACUUUAUCGCGUGUGUUUACAAGUGUGCAGAGACGUCGGUGCUUGUCCUCGAGCCUGAGGUGCGCGCCUACUCCGUCGUAAGCUUGAAAAGCUCGAGUCUGUUCUGUACCCUGACAAGCGUGCAUGUUUCCACUGCUUUUCACUCCUUCCCCUAUCUUUUUCCCUCCGCCGUUUCUCUCGAUCUCCUUUGUCUCACGCCCCUUUUGUCCUCUUUCUCUCGCUUGGAAGAAAUCAGAAAAGCCGACUAAACGAUCCUGAUUCGCAAUUACGCGAGUCACGUACAGAGCUUACCCGACGAUCGAGCGUUUUUACAUAACACGCGCACCAAUCAUAAUGGCUUAUUUAUUUUUUACGUUUAACGUAUACCGCUCUUCAAGAAUACUCGUAUCUUGUCACGUUUUAUCAUUGUGUUUUUUUCUCUUCCUUCUUUAUUAUUUUUUUUUUUUUUUAUUUUUUUUUAUUUCUAUUCUUUCGCCUUACGCGUCCACGUCUGGCACAUAGGCUAACCACGUUCUAACGACGUCCCCUUCAUUUGGACGCGAUGUAGCGUGCAGGCGCGUGCACGCUUGUGUACACGUAUAAAGGCAGACAGUAUCGAAACGAGCAUGCGAUUAAACGAAUUAAUCCGUCCAACGUGGAAUUCGAUGUGUACGCGCGUUUAAUUAAUUCCUCGUUAUUUUUAUCUCUAUUCUUUUUUUAUACCACAGUAUCAAGAUGUCACCCUUUGGCUAAACUUCGUAUAUUUCAGUACCGUAAUACACAUGUUGUACAUAGCAUAUAUGGUACAGAGAAAAUAAACUCAUUUUAUAACGAAA